UUGGUGGAAAGCGUACGCCCUCGGGAAGUUCAGGAAGUGGUUUAUAUAUAAUGAGCGCGACGUCUUUUUGACAGGUUAAAAUAAAAGCUUAAUUUUGUUUGUUGGGCUAAUUGCGCGAAAGGAAAAUGUUUACGGUAAGAAGGAAGUCGGGUCUUAAGAGAAUUUUGCUUACUUUGCCGUUAUAGUCGUCCCCUUUCCUAGCAUGGAUAUUUAAAUAUGUCAGCACUGACUAUUCUCAGUGUAAACAUGGCAGUGCACACUCGCUGCUGGUUUCGCCAUUCAGCUUUUAGAUGUUUCAAGACGUCAAGCUGCUGCAGGACUGUCAUGCCUGCCUGGGUUAUUGAUAAAUAUGGAGGCAACGAUGUUCUACGACUGAGCAAAAAUGCGAGUUUACCUCUCAUCAACUACCCCAAUGAGGUUAUUGUCAAGGUGUUUGCUGCGGGACUCAACCCCAUUGACGUCAGCAUGAGAGGUGGCUAUGGUGCUGCAACAUUGUCCAUGAAAAGAGACCCUCUCAACAUGAAUCAGACGGGCAAUGAGUUCCCGCUCACCCUGGGUAGAGAUGUUUCUGGGGUCAUCAUGGAAUGCGGCCUGGCUGUAAAGUACUUCAGAGAACAGGACGAGGUGUGGGCUGCCAUCCCACCGUGGAAGCAGGGCAGCUUGGCUGAGUUUGUGGUCCUGAGCGCCAAUGAGGUGUCCCUCAAACCAAAGUCACUGAGCCACACAGAGGCCGCAGCCAUCCCGUACGUGGCGACCACAGCCUGGUCGGCGCUCGUUAACACAGGGGGGCUCACUAAAGACAAUUGUGCCAACAAGCGUAUUUUGAUCCUCGGUGGGUCCGGGGGAGUUGGAACGUUUGCCAUCCAGAUGGUGAAAGCGUGGGGAGCCCAUGUGACAGUCACUUGCUCCCACAAUGCAGAGCGCUUAGUCAGGCAGCUUGGAGCGGACCAUGUGGUGAACUACACAACCGGACCUGUUGAGGUGCCUCUUGCUGCCUUGGACAAGUUCGACCUGGUCCUGGAUAAUAUCGGGGGUGACACAGAACGCUGGGCGCUGAAUCUGCUCAAACCUUGGAGUGGUGCUAAGUACGUCACCCUGGUUACACCCUUCCUGCAGAACACUGACACUCUGGGGGUGGCUGAUGGGAUGCUGCAGACCGCUGCCACUAUGACCACCAAGGCUCUUAAGCACCUUGUUAAGGGGGUCCACUACCGCUGGGGGUUCUUUGCACCAAGUGGUCCAGCAUUGGACGAAAUACGGGAAAUGGUGGAUGCAGGACAGAUCCAUGCAGUAGUAGAAGAGACUUUCAGCUUCGCUCAGGUUCCCCAGGCCCUUGAGAAGGUGGAGAAGGGCCACGCCCGAGGAAAGACUGUAGUCCAAAUUAAUACUAGGACAGACGAUGCGUAGCACACUGCCAACGACUAAAUGUACUGAUGAAUGUGUGUGUAAAGACUAUUUCAACAUGAUCUAUGCUUGAAUACUAAAUAAAACUAAAAAACAACUACAUUUGUCUGA